CAACACUGCAUUUACCGAUGCUGAUUCCAGCUCAGUGCCAGUGGAGACGACAGGUGCUUCGUGCUGCUCUUCUAAAAUGCGCAAAACAGCGAUUCUUACGUCGUAAACUGACACUUUGAGUCUCGAAUAGGAUGUGAGAGAAAGCGUGCGAUCGUUUCCAUCGUGAUAAAGGAGCGUUUACGGCGCAACAAUGCUUCGUUGUGCGCUUCAUCAUCAUGUCCAGCGAGCGCUCAUCUGUUCUCUUCUUCUCUGCGUGACGAGGACGGUCCUGAUGACGCGCUCCUCCUCUCCAACAUCGGACCUCAAAUCUCAAAUAUCCGGCGUGGAGGAACUGCUGGAGGAGUUCCGCAAGCAGCUCCAGCAGGAGCCGGGCCCGAGGGGGGACGCGGGGGACGGGGAUCGCUGUGUCAGGGGCUUUCAGGCGCAGGAGGAGCGCAUCAUCCGCGCCAGCGCGUCCAUCGAGCAGGGCGGCGCGUUCCUGUCCGCGCCGCCGCGCGUGUUCAGCUGGAGGGACUGCGUGCACGCCUGCUGCGCGCACCCGCACUGCACUGAUGCCAUCAUCCAGGAGGAGCUCACGCAGCCGGACGGCAGUCUGCGCUGUUACCUGUUCAACUGCACCUCCGGGGGCAGGAGUGUGUGCUCGUUCUCCUUCCAGCCGGGCUUCAGCACCUACAGCCGGGCAGAUAACAGCACUAGAGCCCCCUCUGCUGCACCGGGCCGUCCCGACACUGCAGCCGAGGGGGGACCCGCUUACGGGAUCGGGGAGGAGUCCCUAAUGCAGGGUGUGGACGAGCCGCCCCGCAGCGACGCGGGUCAGGAUCUGGUGGUGCAGCUGCCGACGGACUGGGCGGUGCUGGACGGCAGAGACAGCACCGAUGACCAUCGCAUCACACAGUACGACUGGGCUCUUGUGAAAGGAGACCCCUCUGUCAGAAUGAAGGUGUCUCACCCAGGCCUGCUGAAACUCAGCGGUCUCAGAGAAGGGAUUUACACGUUUGAGAUCACCGUCACCGACACAGCGGGACAGAAGAGCUCGGACAACGUGUCGGUCAGUGUGCUCGCCCCUGCGCCAAACUCUCAAGUGUGUACAGGUCACUGUUCUCGGUAUCAGUUCAUGUGUGAUGAUGGCUGCUGUAUCGACAUCGGUUAUGCUUGCGAUGGAAAGCAACACUGCCCUGACCGAUCAGAUGAAGAUUUCUGCCAAAACUUUGAUACUGGUCACAAGUCCAACCCCUCGUCUAAACAUGGGCCUGAUAUACAAAACACUGAAGCAGGAGCGCAGACGGCAUCAGAGAUACAGCUCACUGACAGCCCUAAACCUGCGCAACACCAACAUUAUGGCUUCAGCGACCACGAUCCCUGUGCAGCGCCCCCAGUGGCCGGCCCGUGUAAAGGGGUUUUCCCGCGCUGGUAUUAUGAUCCUGAAACGGGAGACUGCCUGCACUUCCAGUACGGCGGCUGCAAAGGAAACCACAACAACUUCCUCCAGAAGUCUGAUUGUGUGAAUGAGUGCAUUCAGAAACCACCAGUAACAGAACAUCAGGCCACCGCAACUCCAUUACCCAGCAGGACAAUACACACAUCUGCCGGAGCCUCGGCCCGUGAGGAAGAGCCGCACAACUCCCUGCCAGCGGCGAAAACACACCGCGUGCUUGAGGGACACCCGGCCCCUGAGUCAGGUGCAAUCCUCCCGCUGACGCUGGGUCUGAUCAUCAGCGCUCUGCUCUUGCUGAUGGCCGGCUGCAGAGUCUGGCUUGUGGGUCGCAGACUGAAGAAAGCUUUGCCUCUCACCACAGAGGAGUCCGAUUACCUCAUCAACGGCAUGUAUCUGUAGCCGAACCGCCACCUGUCAAUCAACCCUCCAAUCUGAUGCACUGUUUGUGCAUGAGUGUGUGACGUAGCGGAUGCUUUAGUUGUGAAAAGAGUGUAAAGCAGGAGUCUCAGCCCAGCCGUGCGGAAGGCACAGCCACAGCCUAGUCUCCAUGCACAUCAGGCCCAAAUCUGAUUUCUUUUGCUCACAUGUGACUCAGAUCCGACAGUGUGAACGGCACAAACCACAUGCAAUCUGAUCUUUUUAACUUCGGAUCUCUUUAAGAUCUUUAAAUCUGAUACAGGUCAGAUGUUUCUAAUGCGACCGCGGUCUGAACAGAAUUCUGAACUGUCUGAACUGAACAGAAAGAUUUUACAUUAGUUACCAAGACAGUUGUGAAAGGUAGUCCGUGAAGGACAGUGAUGUUUCAGAGUGACACGCAUCAUACACGUCUAAAAUCUCUGCUCUCUUUUUCACAUCCUAAAAUUUACAUCACUUAUUUAAUCAAUCAUAAUAAUAAAUGUAAUACAUUUUCAAUUUUUUUUUUGUAAUAUUAUUUAUGUGUGGCUCCUUAUUAAAUUCAAACGCAAUUUCUGAAUGUUAUUAGUUGUAAAGCAGCUAGUAAUUACCCAUAAUCACCCGAGUAUGGACUUUCCGCUGUGAUUUAAGUAUGAUCUUCCGAAUGGCUGGUGCAGGAGCUUGAGAUGGGGAGGAAACACACACUACUGAACACACGACCAGGGGAGGGUCCGAAAGCAGCGGCCACUUCCACUGAGAUAUUGAUUAUUGGCAAGUGUUUCUGCUGUUGAUAGUGACACAUCUUUCCUAUAUAGUACGCCAAAAUAGGUUAAAUACCUUGAAAAUUUGAAUUAAAUAUCAAUCAUGUGAAUGAAUUUGGAUUUAGCUUUAUUUUUUUGGUGCAGCAUGAUAUACCACAAGCCUGAUGCUUCUGUGUGACCGUAGAUGAGACUUGCAGGAUCUGAACAUUUCUCUGUGUAAUUCGGGAACAUGUGCUCAGCCUUAGUAGCAUCAACCGUUUCUGUAUCCUACAUGAUCAUGUGCUUGACUUUGUGUUUUUUUAUGAAUCUCAGUCCAGACCAGGGAAUACAGGUUGAAUUAUUAGAAGUAUUGGUGCCAUCUUAAAAGUUCUAGAUUGCAAUUUUACAAUUAAAAACAGACCAUGACAUAAAAAUAUGGCCUUAUAUCAGAAAAUAUCUGCACUUGGAAAGAUUUCAAUGUGGUUUUUAUGGCUAACUGUGAUAUUAAAUACUAGUCUGUAUAAUUUGUGUAAUUGUGCUCAAAUGUUUUGAAACUAUAUAUGAUUGUAAAAAAUAUCGCAUUAUAUUUGAAUAAUCUUGGAGAAAUACAUUGUAAAAAAUCAAUUAAAAUGUGGACCAAGUAUAU